AUUGGCUGCCGGGUCUGCAGCGCUGCCCGGACGCGUCUCCUGUCAACACUUUAAACUAUUAAAACUCUCCGAACUGCUCCAUCCUCCCGCACACUUGUUGCUGCCGCCGCUCCCUGCGCUCCGGAGGACACCUGAGAACCGCUUCACCUUCUCCUGCGGGAUUUCUGCGGGGAGUGAUGAACUCCAUCGACCCUCAGUCCCAUCACCACCAGCAGCACCAGCACCACCACACCUCCCCGACCGUCGGCUCGCUCCCACCCAAAGGCGCCCAGGAGGCCCCGGACAUGGCCGCCGUCUACUGCGACAACUUCGGUAGCAUGUACCACCAGCAGAGCUUCCAGGGCGCGCAGAGACCCGCCGGCUACGGCCUCGGCGAUUACGCGUCGUCUCCGAACCCGUACCUGUGGCUCAACGGACCGGGCGUCAACUCGUCCGCGUCCUACCUGCACGGGAACAACCCGGCAUCCUUCAUCCCGCCCUCCUACGGCUCCCAGCGGCAGUUCCUGGCCAACUCACCUGGCUUCGGAGGGCCGGACCUGGGCUGGCUGUCCAUCGCCAGCCAGGAGGAGCUGCUGAAGCUGGUGCGUCCUCCCUACUCGUACUCGGCGCUCAUCGCCAUGGCCAUCCAGAACGCGCACGAGAAGAAGCUGACCCUGAGUCAGAUCUACCAGUACGUGGCGGACAACUUCCCCUUUUACAAGAAGAGCAAAGCCGGCUGGCAGAACUCCAUCCGGCACAACUUGUCCCUGAACGACUGCUUCAAGAAGGUGCCGAGGGACGAGGACGACCCAGGUAAAGGAAACUACUGGACGUUGGACCCAAACUGUGAAAAGAUGUUCGACAACGGGAAUUUCCGCCGGAAAAGGAAAAGACGUUCAGAUCCGAGCAGCGCCGGAGGAGCAUCGGCGGCGGCGUCAGGGGCCGCUAAGGUGGAGGACGGGCGGCCGCCGGGGGCCCUGAAGCCGUCCAACAGCCCCCAGCUGCUGGGCCCCUCCUCCCCGGACAUGGAGGCCAUGACCGACAACCACAAAAGCUCGUCGUCGCCGCCCGGACUGCCUUCGUCCGCUCCGUGUUUCAACAACUUUUACAGCAACAUGUCGCCGCUGGGCUCGGGGGCCCCCGGCCGGCAGGGGGCCCUCGGCCUGGUGAACGAGCUGUCGAACAGGAACAUAACGGCCCUGAGCCCCUACCACCCCAGCCACGGCGGCGGCGGCCAGGACUCGGGGCCGGCGGAGCACGGCGACGGCCUGCAUUUCAACCGUGGAGUCUACUACAACACGUUCGGAGGCGGCCAGAGCGGACAGUUCAACAGCCACUUCUACAACAGCUUCAGCGUCAACAGCCUCAUCUACCCGAGGGAAGGGACCGAGCUAUAGGGGCCGGCCGGCUCCUGGGACUCCGUUUUUGCUCUGUGAAAACAAAAUAUACGUGAUUUUAUUGCUCCUUCACUCACCAAGAAACCAGAAAGAUGAUAAAACAUCAAGUAUUUUCCACAAUUUGCAUUCAAAUUGUGGAAAAAACACCCAGAGCAUCACAAAAACAAGAAGUUAUCUUGUGUUUUUUUUAAACUAUGUCCUUCUUUCAGAGGUAAAAAUGCAUCAUUGAUCUUAAAUUUUUAACAAUUUUUCCACUCUGUCAUGUGUAAAAUCUAAAUAUGCAUUUAGGAUUUUUGCCAGUUUUGCCAAAUACAGCCAGUAACAAAAUGUACAUGCUCUUAUUACAGCAGAGAGGUUAAAAACACCUCAUUUACUCAAAAAACACACCAGAGAGAUGAGAAAACAUCGUAUAUUUUCCACAAUUUGCAUUCAAAUUGUGGAAAAAACACCCAGAAAAUCAUAAAAAUAAGCUCUUAUCUUGUAUUUUCUUUUAACUGUUUACUUCUUUCAGAGGUAAAAGUGCAUCACCGGUCUGAUAUUUUAACUCUUUUCCACUCUGUGAUGUGUAAAAUCUAAAUAUGCAUUCAGGAUUUUUGCGAGUUUUGCCAAACGGUACCAGUAACAAAAUAUAGAUGCUUUUAUUGCAGCGGAGAGGUCAAAAACACUUCCUUCACUCACCAACAAACCAGAAAGAUUGGAACACAUCAAAUAUUUUUCACAAUUUGAAUACAAAUUGUGAAAAAUGAUAGAUGCAAGUUUAAAAUGCUUCCUUCACUCACCAAAACACCAGAAAAACUAGAACACAUCAAGAAAAAACACAGAGAAAGUCACAAAAACAAGCAGCCGGUUUUGCCAAAGUCCAACGCAUGACAAAAUAUCCAUGCUUUUAUUACAGAAGAGAGAUCCAAUAUGCCUACUAUACUCACCAACAAACCAAAAAGAUUAGAAAAAAAUGAAUAUUUUAAACAGUUUCCAUUUAAAUUAUGCAAAAAAACACCCAAAAAGUCACAAAAAUCAGCACUUAUCUUGUGUUUAUUUAACUGUAUCCUUCUGUCAGAGGCAAAAGUGCAUCACUGAUCUAUCAUUUAAACUAUUUUUCCACUCCGUCACGUGCAAAAUAUAUAUAUGCAUUUAGGAUUUUUGCCAGUUUUGCCAAAUACAACCAGUAACAAAAUGUAUAUGCAGGUUAAAAACACCUCGGUCAUUGCCAACAAACCAGAAACACUAGAAAACAACAAAUGUUUUCCACAGUUUGCAUUCAAAUUGUGCAAAAAAACACCCAAAACUCACAAAAACAAGCACUUCUCUUUAUUUUUGUUCAUUGAAAUUCUGCUCUAAAUGGAAAAAGUGUAUCACUGAUCUAUUAUAUUUGAACUAUUUUUCCACUCUGUCACAUGCAAAAUAUAAAUAUGCAUGUAAUAUUUUUACCUGUUCUGCCACAUAUGUGCUUUCAUUACAGCAGAGAGGUUAACAAUACCUCCUUUACUCAAAUAAACAAAGAGGAAAGAUGAGAAAACAAGUAUUUUUGUAUAAUUUGCUUUCUAAUUGUGGAAGAAAACACCCAGAACAUCAAAAAAAUAAGCACUUAUCUUCAUUUUUUAAACUAAAUCCUGCUCUCAGUAUCAAAACUGCAUCGAUCUUAAAUUUAAAACUAUUUUUCCACUCUGUCACGUGCAAAAUAUACAUAUAUUUUGAUAUUUUUGCCAAAUACAUGCUUUUAUUGCAGCGGAGAGGUCAAAAACACCCUUUUCUCUCACCAACACACCAGAGAGAAUAAAAAUCUGCAAGAAUUUGGCACAAUUUGCGUUCAAAUUGUGGAAAGAAAACACCCAGAAUGUCACAAAAACAAGCACGUAUUUUAUUUUUUUAACUAAAUCCUGCUGUCAGAGGUAAAAGUGUUAUAUAUGAACUAUUUUUCCACUCUGUCAUGUCCAUAAUGUAAACAUAUAUUUGAUAUUUUUGUCUUUUUUUUGCCAAAUCCAACCUGUAUUGUUCCUUUGUGGAGCUUCAUCAUCAACAAAACUCUGCCAAAGUUGCCUUUUUAUUUUCUCCAGACCGCCAUUACCUCAUAACUAAAUGAGAAUGAAAGUCGCCCUCUUCUGAAGGGUUUCUACCUUUUUUUCUAGCUUCAAAAAAAUGCAGUAAGAAUUGGUUUAAUUGACCACAAACAGGGCUCGACUUCUUUUUUUUAUAUCCUCCACGUCGACUGAAACACUACAGCUCGUGUAAAUACCUGUGGACUCAAUAGAAACGUGUAUUUUUGUAAAUUAUAAGAAGAUAGUUUGUGACUAUUUAUGCUAUUUAUGCUAAUAGGCUUUUUUUUUUUUACUACUGUUGUCCGAACUUAGUUUGAUUUAAAGCAGAAGUUAAAUAUUAGCUGACGAAUUGCACCGAAAACAGUAUCACAAGAACCCAGAUGUCAUAAAUAUAAAUUUAUAUUUACAUAUAUAUAUUAAAUGUUCUAUUCUUUAUCAUGGUUUCUCUCAGGGUUCAGUGUGACAAUCAUUGAACGGCUUUUGUAUCUACUUUUGUCUUUUUUUUUUUAUCUUUAUACACACAGCUUCCAGCCAGUUGCAACUGUGAUCAUAAAUAAAUAUUAUGUGGUCUCUA